GAUUUAUUCAUACCUUGCGAUAUGCGCUAUGCGCUGGCCCGUGCGCAAGGCCUUGUUCACUAAAUUUGUAGCGGUUUGUACGGUUCGCCAGUGGUGGUAUGCGCUUUCCAGUUGAACUCUGAGUUAAUUCGCUCAGAUUGAGGAAAGUCGGACAGUUUCCAUAAGCUGGCGUGGUGAGCUGGGCCGCAGCCAUGGCGGAGGACCGGCAGGUGUUGCGGGACGUCUGGGAGGGCCGCGUGCCGGUCUGCUUCCGCCUGGCUGACAGUGAGGUGCACACUGUGUCAGUGCCGGAGCCCUACUAUCUGCUCGUGCCCAGGAUGACCUACUUCCCACUGGUCAUUGACAGGGUGCGCCGUCACUUCUCGCGGAGUGUCCACCCGGACCACCAGGGCAGCGACGUGUGGCUCGAGUGGGACGGUACCCCCCUCAAGUGGCACCAGCCGGUGGGCCUGCAGUUUGACCUGCUGUGCACCGAGUCGGCGCUGCCCUGGCACCUGGCCGUCCACUUCACCAGCCACACGGACGAGGCGUGCGUCAUGAAACGGGAGGCGCUGGAAUCUUUCUUCUUGUCAUCGGUAAAGGAGGCCGACCAGCUGAAGCACAAGGGCGCUGUGAUGUCGUCGCUGGGCAAGCGGGACCACAACCAGCUGUGGGCCGGCCUUGCCAGCGACAAGUUCGACCAGUUCUGGUCGGUGAACCGCCGGCUGAUGGAGGCUCCGCCGGAGGAGCGCUUCCGUAGUGUGCCGGUGCGCCUGUACCGGCCGGGCCAGCCGUACGUGCAGCGGCCGUACAGCCCGUGCGCGGAGGACGGCCAGCCGCACACCCUGCUCGACAUGAUCGGCCAGCUGGCGCCCGAGCUGGCGCCGGAGCUGGCGCGCGCAGGCUCGCCCCGCGUGAUCCUGCACGGCAUCACGCCGGCCCUAGAAACGCCCGUCCAGUGGCUGAGCCAGCACCUCAGCUACGCCGACAACUUCCUGCACAUCGUGAUCCUGGCGUAGCUGCGCGGGCGCCGCUGUGUGGAGCCGGCGGGGGACACUAGAAACGGGCCGCCGGCGCUCUGUCCGGCCCUGCUCCCAGCUGGGGCUGGAGGCACUGGCCGGGUGCACCGUCGGACAUGCGACGCCCGCCACUGCGCAGGCGCGGGACGUUUGGCGUGCCUGAUUUGUGUGAACCUUGAGCACGGGCAAACGAACGCUGGGCCGCCGGAGAAGCUAAACACUUGUUUUCGGUGAUAUGACUUCCGUUAAGGUAUGCGUGUUUUGUUUCAUGUUGCGGCGAAGUUUUAAACGACCAUGAACGCAAGCGAUAGUAAAAUGAUAGUCUUUGCAAGGAGCCUGUCCCGGAAGAGGGCUCGGGCCCCGAAGGAAUUCCAACGUAGCGGAAUGUAUAGUGGCAUACCAAAGCGGACGUCGCAAUUGGACGUAAUAUAUUUAGUGCUUAAUUCGACCUAUGUCCCGUAAAGCCCCUGAGGUCCCGUGCGAUGUUGGGUGUCUGGUCAUAUGGUUCCGCCCAGGUUUGCCAACGUGUUCCGCAAACCACGUUUGUCGGCUUCCUGCCCUAGUUCUAUCAGCCUAGGGUAGCACAACAAUGUUGUAUACCUUUCGUCCCCAUUUUGCCAUUUUGAAGGUAGUCCAAAGAAGUGAAUGGCUGUUUUUGCUUGCGUUGCAUGAAUUUCUUAUGAGCACGUCAUCUCAUGUUGGGACGUUUCUCUUUCAAACUAAGAGGAGCUGGGUUGCAAGCUGGUGGCUGGAAUCCCUCAGCCUAAAUACUACCCGCGACACUAUUCCUCAGAUACGGCUGGAUCGCGUUUUGUCUAGCGGUCAGCGAAACCAAUUUGUGUUUGGCUCCUUUUGUAUGUGAUUAUCGCGAUAACAUAUGAAUACAACGGUGCAUAGAAAAGGGGGCAAUGCACGCGUGAUUCCUGUACGCAUAUGUGUAUGCGUAGUUUUAUGUUACCACGUGAAACACUACUGUAAAUAUAC